AUGAGGUCAACUCUGACCUUUAAUGUACUUUCCCAUUUCUUUGUCUUAUCAACUCUAUUCACCUCCUCCCUCUCCUUUGACGCCGCAUCCUGGUCAAGCUCUAGUGCCAACAGGCCCGACUCCACGCGGACUUCCAACGCGGGUCCUCUCACGACAGUCUUCACCCCUCCUACUUCAUGCUUUACCACACACACCAGCGCAUACUAUGGCCUACCGUAUCUGAUACAGGGCGUUGAUGGCCCGAAUGGCGACGACUGUGCGCCGGAGGGCUGGAAAGCCGAUCGCUAUUAUAGUCCCGGACAAUGUCCGUCGGGUUAUAAGGCUUGUACUUUGCCUACGGUGACGCAGAGGGUUACUACUACUGAGAUUUGCUGUCCGAGUGGCUUCGAUUGUAUGUUCCAAGACUACUGCGCCAAAACAUUCAAUAGUCCUUCGACAAUCACGUACUCUGAUUCGACGAUUUCAAUUCAGACAACUAUCUGGGGCGCUACGGCUUCGGCUAUUCAGAUUCGUUUCCAGGCUAGUGAUUCUUCGGCUGUUCCUGUUCCGACGGAAUCUUUCAAAUUGCCUAUGCCUAAGAAGGUGCUCAGUACUAAAGAGAAGGCGGGUAUUGGGAUUGGUGUUGCGGUGGGUGCUGUUCUGCUGGGGCUUGGGGGAUUCUUUGGGUGGAGGUUUUGGAAAAAGAGGAGAUUGUCGAAGGCGUUAGAGAGAGGCUCGGAGGGAGUCUCGGUGCUGGAUGAGCCGCCUCCGGCUUAUUCUAGGAUGAACAAGUAG